GUGGAGCACAUCGGUCGAAAUUAUAUAUUGAUAGAAAUGGAGAGCCAAAAGCCGUUCAGUUAUAACACCCAGCAAGUUCCUCCAAUUUUAAAUCAGCCACAAUCAACACAGCCGCUAAUUGUACAGCUGGCGCCCCUAAAUGUUCUGGGAAAAACUUCAUCUGUGGCCACGUGCCCGAGUUGCGGAGUCCGCAGUAAAACGAAGGUCGAGUACGAGCCAAGUAACAAGACUCAUUUGGUGGCCCUCCUCAUUUGCUUGGUGGGGGGCGUUUGCUGCUUUUGCUGUCCGUACUGCAACGAUUCCUGCCAGUCCGCCAAUCACACCUGCAGUAGCUGUGGAGCCUACGUGGGAACAUUCAAGAACUAGGAAUGCUGACCAUAAAACCAAUGUCGCCCAAAGCUUUGUAUAUUCAUCGUAAGAAACCACAUACUAUAAAUAAUUAUUUUUCAUUUACUGUUUAAUUUGUAAAAAAAUAGUCCAGCAAAUUGUUCGUAUUGAGAGUAACCUCAUCUGUAGCCACGUGCUUAAAGUAUUAAGAAUUCGAAGAUCAGUUCGUUAAAAUUGUUCCCUACUUUUGUGCGCAGAUCAAAUAUUUGUAUACCCUUACAGAGGGUAUAAUGAUUUCAGUCAGAAGUUUGUAGUGAAGGAGACGUUUCCGACCUCAUUAAGUAUAUAUGUAUGUUCUUGAUUAGCAUUACUAGACGAGUCAAUCUAACCAUGUCCGUUCGUCUGUCCGUUUUUAGGCAAACUAAUCUCUUAGUUUUAGAGCUAUCAUGAUAAAACCAUCUAUUGCAGGUAGUUUAUAAGUCGGAACGAGCCGGAUCGGACAACUAUAUACUAUAAAUCCCACAGGAAAGGUUAAAAUUUUUAUUUUUUUAAAUAAUUAAAGAAAUAAUUUUUAAAUUUUUGUAAUUAGCUUUUGGUUUUCAAAGAAUCAGAAAUCUCUCUAUAUACAAUGCUCCCACGGGAACGACCUGCAAGGGUAUAGAAACUUCGGCUUGUCGAAGUUGGCUUCCUUUCUUGUUUAUAGUAGGGUUACCCCUGCUAGGUCUAUAAAUAAGAGAUUUACAAAGAAACAUCUUUAAAGAUAAAGCAUAUCGUCGUCAUUUGUUGAGUGGGUUGUAUUUAUAUUUAUCUGGUAUUAAUAUUUGCUAGUCAUUUCAAUGGAAAAAAAUAAAUAUAUACAUAAUAGUGGUAUACAGUCAUAACCUUCUAUAACAGAUCUCUCUAGUUAGUUUAUAGUUCAUACCAAAUAAUAAGUGGGGAAAAUGAACUUGACUUUAUAUAUAAACCAAGUUACUUAAAUAUACAAGUAUUGAAAUAAUUUACUUUCGUUUUCAUUAUUGGCAUCUCUCUU